CCAGAGAACAACAACAAACCCUUCUCUUCAAGUGUGUGGAUUUAGCUCCCCUUCUCACCCCUUUUUUAGCGGUGUGGUGAUGUUUCCGGCGACGCGAUGUGACUGCGGACGGUGGAAAUGACUCCAGGAGGUCGAGGUCUGCUGUAGAGGAAAUACCUUCCCUACCCCCAAGUUCCACUGGCACCCAUGAGAUGGAGGACUUCGUGCAGCUGCACCUGGCCGCUCAGCCUGCCAGUCUCCCGGACGGCUUGCUAGCCCCUCGAGUGUCCACACCCCCUGUCCCCCGGCCUCGUAAAGCAGCCUCUCUGUCCUUGAGCUCCACCCCUAAGCACCCAAACACCCGACACCUGCCUAAUGCACCACCUCAUACCAAUGGCCAUGACUACCACAUGAGUAAAAGCAACCGAAGCCACCACCAGGGCAUGCAGCGCGCACCAUCCCUGGACUCGGCCACCCAUAGAGAUCUGCCGCUCUCCCCUAUCACACGCAUCCGGGGCUCUCAUAGUGACAGGUGCGGCUUCAGCAUUCCACCCCUCUUGCAUCUUGAGACGGAGGAGGACAGCAGCCCUCCAUCACACCGCAGGAGCGCCACCCGUCUCAACAAUGGGCCCCAGCAUGGGAAACACUUCAAAAAGUCCCAGCAGCACUCGUAUAGCCUCCCUGCCACGCCCAGAGUCAAUGGAAGUUCCCAGCACUCAGGCCUGAAUGGGCACUUCCCCCUGGGUACUUCGCCAUCCUACAGUACAUUGCCAUACAUGCUCCCAUCUCAUGCGUUAGAGCAUAGCAACCAGGAAAACAUAUCCCCCAGCAGCAGUCAUUAUAUCACCUGUCAGGCCGGAGUGAGUCACCUGGAGAACUCCGUUUUCCUGGGCCAGCCUGACCCUAAGCUCCCAGGUGCGAUAGACUACAGUAGCUUGCCCCUGCCACACGAAGAUAGUGAACCGGUGCCCAGGAAACAAGACAUGAGCCGACACCUGAGCGAACCCUGCAUAACGGACUCCAGGAGAAGAUGCAACAGUCUAACUUACUCGCCCAAGAAGAAGGCCAUGAAGAGCAGAGGGAAGGGGGGCAUGCCAGGGAAGGAAAAUGGGCUGAUGGACAACAUCAAGGAAAGCGGGCAGAGUGAAGGGGAGAAUGAGGAGAUCAAUGCUUUGGAAGUGCAGUGGAGGUUUAUACAGACUUUGGUCACAGAGCUGAAUACAACUAAGGCAACUAACAGGAAACUGAUGGCAGAACUCCAUCAAGCCAAGAUGGAGAUACAGGUGUUGAAGGCUUCUCUGGAAUCAUACACUGAAACCGGUCUCCAACCAGGAGCAAUAACAGAAAUGGUUGGGCAGAUACAUGCAGCUCAGAAAGUGCGGGAUGAAGCUAUGAUGUCGAGGAUCAAGUUAGCCAAUGAGGAACGUGACGCAGCCUUAACCCAUACACGUGCUCUGAUGGAUAAAUUGAGCCUUUCUCCAAGAGGCAUGGCAGAUCACAAUUCUAUGGUCGAAGCAAACGAACAAGAUCUUCCAACGGGCGGCAACAGCAGCUGCACAAGCUCACCGAGACGCAGCGACCGACGACAUAGAAGAUCAAACGACUUUACCCCAUCCUCAACCUCUUCAGGAACCUCCUUCACCUCAGUACCCCCAGCCUUCACACAGGGCUCGGAGCUGAAGUUCUCAGGAGAGCGUGAGGUGGCAACACUAGCCCAACUGGCAACGCUGGAGGAAGAGUUACGCACCUUGAGGCUAGCCACAACCAUUCACCACACACUGCACGAGGGAGGUGAAGGAGGCUUGGGGGGAACUAACCAAGGUGUGAGCCGGGUCUCAGCCGAGUACAUGGAAGGACUUUGCACCCAACUGCGAGAAAGUGAAACAUCGAAAUGGCAGCUUCUUGACCAGUGUACAAGACUGGAAAAACUGGUGAAAGUUCUGCGCAAAAAAGUCAAUGGGCUUGGAGUCCUGGAAUCAGGAGUGCGAACGGAAGGUACAAAGUUGACGCUGGUGGAUCUGACUCUUCAUGGCCCUGCCACAGAGAGCCCCCCAGCCUCAGGGCACCACCAUCUUCCAGCCUCAACCUCAUCAGAGGGGGAACCUAAGGACAGUUUGUCAUCACUGGAAUCUGUGGAAACUGCCUCAGCUUCUUCUUGGAGGCGGGGAGAGGUGCCCUCCAUCACCAGUCAUUCCAAUACGAACCUGCAUUCCUCCUACAUAUCACAACAUUCCUCAAGUCCUCAUGCGACCUUGAACACACACCUCAAUAAUCACACCAAUCUCCUUCACUCUAGCCAAACCCAGUCAAACCACAUACAGUCAGGGCAAGUUAAUUCAUGCCACUCGAGCUCAAGCCUGUCGCCUCCCUCAAGCCACAGCCCACAUACCUCUCCACACCACCGCCAGCAAGGGACAAGCGGUGCAUCUGACCGUGAUGCUAAGUACAUUCCGGGAGUGACAAUUGUGGGGCCUAUCACAGAACUGUGAUCAUCAGGGUGAGGAGGUUUCAAAGACAGAACUAAGUAGGUGUCUUCGUCAGACUUUCCCCUCACCCCCUCCCUGACCCCUCUUAACCAUUGUGAGGAUUUAACUUCAUCAGUGUGUUGUUGCCUGUAUAAACAUUAUUUCUGAGAAGUGAAUAAUGAAGUAUGAUGGAUGGGGAGAAAAAGGACGAGUAGAGGUAACACCAUGUUGUCAUUUAACUCGUUUUAACCCAGAUUUUAUCAUUCUAUGUGUUGUCAACUCCUUCCUUUUAGUAUGUGUACUUCCUGAAUAUCAACAUGCCUCAUGUCUCCGUCCUCCAUCGUACUUAUAUGUGUGAUAUACUUGCCUUGUAAUUGUUUAUCUUCUUGGUUUCCUAGUAUGGUGCUCAUUGGCCUCUUGUGCGAGGCCAGAACGGAUGAUAACGAUGGUGCGAUGGUGAGCCUGAACCCUCUCAGUCUUGAACUUGUUUAUGACCCCAAGGAAAGGGAGAGGCUGUUAGGAUAAUUAAACUUGUAGUGUGUAGAUAUGUGGAUGUGGCCUAGUGAACUAUAGGAAAAGGUUGAUCUGAAAUGACGACUUACUUAGCGAGGUACUAGACUUUCCAAGUAAGUGACUUGACAGACAAGACUAUUUUAGUGGUAAACUUUUUAUUUGCUAAUCAUACCCUCUUUUCCUUCCUUUCCUCCUUUUUCUUUUCUUUUAAUACUGUAGGACAUAAUAAGACUUGAAAAAUGUAUAUAAAGAAUUUACAAGGUUUUCAUUCCAUUAUAAUGAAAACUGAACAGGGUGACCAGAUGUUCGAUAUAUAAAUAAGACGGACAUGCCAGGGUUUUCUAGAGGUACAGCGCUGUGUCAGUUUCACACUCUACUGUCACGCUCUCUGUUGGGGUAUAGUAAUGCAGCAUAAUAUUGAUCUGUGGCUGUGUACAAUAGGAAUAGUGAUUUAAGUAUUUUAUUUAUUAUUAUUUUCUUUAUGUUAACACCUACUUGAGCAUAUUUCUUAGAUUUUCUUUUUCACUCCUCACUUUGACAGUUAUUGAUGUAACUUUUAUUUUAUUGCAGAAAUUUUGUUCAGAGGAUGAAUUCUUUUCCCCCCUGCUCUCCUUUUUUUUUUUUAGUCAUUGAAUCUUUCCUCCUCCUCUUCCUCCUCCUCCUCCUCCUCCUCCUCCUCC